UGUUGCUCUGUUACCUGCAAUACGUACUCUGGUUUUUUUUUUUGGCUGUUGUAUACCUUGACUUGCUCAUCUCGCAAUAUCUCGCCAUCUAAGAUCUUGGACGUGUUGGAUAUUCUACUCAUUGUACAGACAAUUCUUUUCCUUGGGUGUCUUGAACUCUGCCGGACGUAUUUUGUGGCUCUACUUGGCGUCUUUGUUUCCAAGGCCCUUUGCUGGACGGACUUGUUUUUGGUUUUCCCGUGCUUGCCAAAGAUGCUGUGCAUGGAUGCUGCUCUGCCGCUU